CAGACAAACAACAGCAAGAUAACAGAGCUGGAAAGACACCUUCAAUGUUCUGUUGAUGUAAAAUCUUCAGUAUUCGACCUUUCCUCUUUAGUUUUUACUGCACAGUGUUCUGCUCAGCUUCUACAUACAACCUUCAGCUCUGCUUACGUUAGAAAGUGUUCGUUGUUUACUGUUCUUCGAAAUAUUUUUCAUUGGCUGAAAUAAAAUAGUGAACAUUGCGCAUAGUAGCUUCACCAUGGGAGAAAAUCAGAUAAUAGUUCGUAAAUGGAGUUCCACCAUGCCACUUGAUUUCGAACAACACUGCGAAAAUUUCAAUUAUCUAUGGAUAGUUCAUGGCUAUGGAGAGCGCUUCGAGCCUUCUAAUACAGAAAUAUCAUCACCUCAAUUCUCCACUCCCUCGAAUGAGAGACACAAAUGGUCCAUAUCACUUCAACCCCGCUACAACUGCAGAAUAUACAACCUCGACUUUCUCAAAUUGUCUCUCAAGUUCACCUGUGUCGAAGCAAAUGUUGAAUUAUUGGCGCGAUUCAAGUUUUCAAUCUUGGAUUCUGAGCAAAGAGUUGCCCUAGAGAGACGAAGCACAUUCCGCCAAUUCAAACCAGAUAAAGAAUGGGGUAUCGGUCAUUUCGUUGAAAGAGACGCCUUAUUCGAAAGAAAAGAAAGCCUGUUACCAGAUGAUAAAUUAUCCAUCUUGUGUGAAAUCACUGUGCGUCUUCCAUCAACUUCACAACAUGAAGUAUCCAACCAGCCUGGGUUUGAUAUCAUGCCAUCAUGUACCUUAUCCGAUGAUUUAUCCCAAUUAUUAGAAGAUCAAGAAUUUUGUGACGUCACAUUGUCUGUGAAUGGCCAACAAUUCAAAGCUUAUAAGGGUAUUCUCUCAGCUCGGUGUUCUGUAUUCAAGGCUAUGUUCAAACAUGGCAUGAAAGAGGCCAAUAGCAAUCCAGUAGAAAUAACCGAUAUCGAACCUGACGUAUUUCGUGAAUUAUUACAUUACAUUUACACUGGAAACGUGAAAAUUACGGAGACCGCGACAUUCGUGGAUUUAUUCGUCGCGGCCGAUAAAUAUGAUUUGCAAAACCUCAAGUUUUUAUGCGAAGAUGCAUUAUGCAAACGUUUAUCGCAUGACAAUGCUGCAAAUAUUUUGAUCAUGGCUGAUUUGCAUCAAUCGGAAAAAUUGAAAGCUGCGGCAAUUUCUUUUAUUAAAUCGAACUCCUUCGCUGUGAUGAGCACUGAUGGAUGGAAAGAUGUGCUCGAUAACUAUUCAGAUUUGGUUUGCGAUGUCAAAAGUGGAAAUGUCAAACCAAAACGAGGAACGAAAAGGAAAAUGACAUAAAACUAUACUUUAAACGAGAAAACGAAAAUAAAAAAAAUUUAAUUCGAGCUGAAAUCCUUAUACGAGUAUGUAAAUAUUUCUUUUUUACUAGGUAUUUUUCUAUUUUUGAAACACUAUUACUGUUGUUUGAAUCAUUUUGCAUACCAUUUAAGUGCAUGUGCAUUCAUUGGGGUUAUGUGUGAGUUCAUACCGUUAUAUUAUAUUUUAAUAGAUAAUUAUUAAUUACCCAAUAAAAAUUAUUCU